AUGAUUAUUAUUAAUUUUAGAUCUUCUCCUUCAUUUUCUUCAUCAUUUCUACGUUAUUAUUCAAAAUUUCUCGUUUCAUUUCAAGCAAAAAUAUCUAUAUUUGUUCUACUCUUCAUCUCAUAUAUUUUAGCUUAUUUUGGAAUUAAUCAAAUGGAGACAAGUUUUAUACCAGAAAGGACAUUUCCUGGCGAUUCUCCACUUCAGGAUACAAUCAAAAUAUUUAAUAGAAUUAUGAAAUAUCAUUCUCCAAUUUCUUUUUUUGUCUUUCAUCCUCCAAAUAUUUCUGAUCCUGUAGAAUUAAACGAUUUCAACAAAAUGAUUAAUAUUAUACAAAAUUUGCCAAAUACGUUGCAUGUUCAAAUUUGGCUUAAUGGCUACUUGGAAGUAAGUGAAGGAUAAGGAAGGAAAGGAUAAGGAGAGAUUAAGAGAUAAGAGAUAAGCAUUUAAGGAGAGAUCGUGUGCUGGAGGGACACAGGGAGGGAUGUGAGAGAGAUACGGAGGUAGUAAGUGGGGAAGCAGUGAGGGAUAGGAGGGGGGAUGAAAGACAGAGGGAGGGUGGGAGGGAGGGAGGGGAAAAACAGGGAGAGAUAAAGUAAAGG